CAGUUUGCUUGGUAUUUUGACGUUUGUUUUGUAAAGUCGCAGACAAGUUUCUCUAUCUAUUGAUUUGUCCAGUCUACUAAAGUGUUUCCGAAUAUUCGGGCUGCAAAAUGACCAUCUUGACGAAACCGUUUUCGGAAAAGAAAAGCGACAAAGCGGUCGCCCCGUUGGUGGACAACGAGCAAUUGCCACCGCCGUUGAAUGCCAGCGGAGAUGUCGAAGGGCAACCUCACGUUUCGCGCAUCCUGGUCUUCCCGUCGGGCGUGGGUUCGCGCCAUUUCACGGCCCUCACGACGCUGUGCCUCCUGCUGACGGCCCUCACCGUGGUGGGCAUCGGCAUAGCAGGAGGAAAGGUCCUGUACGAUCAGUACCUGCGAGUGGCGCCCGCCGAGACGGACCUCGGCGAUUCCCGGUUCGAAGGAUGGGCGCAGAUACCCAUGAGCAAAGAUUCGCUCGAUGAGACUAUGGGUGAACAUCAAUCGGAUGAUGCGGAUGUGUUAAUCGAUAAAAUGUUUCCUACAGAAAAUUAUCCCGAUAUUUGGAACGACGACAAAUCCGAAUUCAAGAAGCUCUUCCUGAAGGAUUUCUUCCAAGAAAACUUCCAAAUCGACGACGACAAGAAGUACGAGAAAAUCGACGUGCCCGAUUUCAGGGACGGCCGCAGCGGACGGUUCAUACACGAUUUCAACACCAACACGACGGGCAUCAUCGACAUCACCGGUCACAGGUGUUUCGUGAUGCCAUUGAACAGGGACGACGUCCUGCCGCCCAAGUCGCUCUUCGAUUUGAUACACAAAAUGUGGGAAGGAUACUACAAAGUCAACACGGCUUUGGUUAGAAGAGACAUGAGAGUGGUACUUCCUCCUAUAACAGAUACGAAGAGCAUCGGGGGGUACAUAGCGAACGAGUGCGAUGGAUUGCCCAUUUAUAGAUUGGAGAAAUUCGUUGGAGGAGUGGUGAAGAGAUCGGUGAAGUACCAAUCUGAUGUGAAAUUCGCCGAUUUCGCCGGCAAGGGAAUUUCUCAAAUCGAAAUUAUGAACAUCGAUGAUGUCAUCGAUUACGAGAAGAAUUUGAAGAGUCAUUAGAUGUUUAUAAACAAAUAAUUGUUUACACUAUGAAAUAUUAUUAUAAUAAACGAGUUUAAUAGUUGAAAGAGCGUAACGGAAAUUUCGAGUUUUUUUGCUUUAUAUUUGUAUUUCGAAAUUUCAUCUUGUAUAUGUAAAAUGUAUUUUUAACGGUGAUGCAUAGGAAGAACUUUUUUUAAUAAACUGAGCCUGAUUUUUCGUGUUUAUUUGUCGUUUUUCGAGCAGCUUAAAUGGAAAAGUUCUUCGUAUACAUCAUCUGCGUUUGUUGAUCGUUGUGUAGACAAAUUAAGUAUAUCGAUAUAGAGGAUUUUUAAUUUUUAUCUUAUGUGAAAUGAUAUUAUGCAAUAUUAUUGUAAAGUGCAUGUAAAAUUCAAUGUACAUUUUAUAAAUAAACAUAGUAAACACUAUAAUACGUA